GGGCCAGGCUUGCUUUCACUUUUGAAAUUCCCUCUGAAGUUACCAAAAGAAUCUGCGGAGCUCUACCAGCAUUUUGUGGGGCACCCUUUGGGCCUGAGGGACGAUGGCGGAUAAGAAGUUAAAGGAAGUGCGGACGAUGUUUGUGGAGAGAGUUAGUGAUGGCGUGAUUGCCCCCGUCCUGGACGACCUGCAGGACAAACGGGUACUGAACCAGGAUGAAGCAGAGAAUGUGCGGGCAGAGAGGAGGAGGGCCGAACAAGCCAGGUACCUGAUCGAUGUGGUGAUGAGGAAGGGUCUUAAAGCCAGCACCAUAUUCAUCCAGUGCCUCCAUGACAGAGACCCCUUACUGGCUACAGAACUAGGGCUGGAUGCCUCCUCUGGGGCUCCAGCUACAGUACCGCUUAUGACCCCCAGCCCAACAGCUCAGACCUCUGCUGCUCAAGCCCAACCAGCGCAAUGUGAGGAAUGGAUCCAGAAAUGCCCGCUAGCCGAGCUCCAGCGGAUAAAGAAAAGUGAGGGAAAUGAGAUCUAUGACAUCUUUGACCCAAAGACAAGGACCCGCCUGGCCCUGAUCAUCUGCAAUAUUGAGUUUCGUUACUUCAAAAGGAGGGAUGGAGCUGAAAUGGAUGUGGAAAAUAUGGAGAAGCUUCUGAAAGAGCUGGGGUACAAGGUGGAAGUCAAGUGGAACUUAACCUCCCAGGACAUGGCUGAGACUCUGAAGCAGUUUGCUGCCCGGGAUGAGCACCAGACCUCAGAUAGCACCUUCCUAGUGCUCAUGUCACACGGAGUUAAGGCUGGCCUUUGUGGGACUGAUAGCAAAGAUGAGUCCACAGACCUUCUUUUGAAUGACUCCAUCUUCAGUGCAUUCAACAACAAGAACUGCAAGGCGCUAAUGCGGAAGCCUAAGGUGAUCAUAAUUCAAGCUUGCCGUGGAAAGAACGAAGGACGUGUAUUUGUGAGUGAUUCUGCAGGGUCUCCAAGCGAUGAUACUUCUAUUACUGUCCUGUCUCCUGAAGAGUAUGAAGAUGAUUCUGUUGAACAAGUCCACCUAGAGAGCGACUUCAUUGGUUUUUAUUCCACCACACCAGACACCAUGGCCUGGAGAGAGAAAAAAACUGGCUCCAUUUUCAUCACACGAUUGACAGAAUAUCUGCGAAAACACGCCUGGAACUGCCCCUUGGAGGAGAUCUUCCGAAAGGUCCAGAAUUCCUUUGACGAUUUUCCACGGCAGAUGCCUACAAAGGAAAGAACAACCUUCAAGAAAAAGUUCUACCUCUUUCCAGGCCACUAAGCCAAACCUUCCAAUAUUCCUUGAAUCACAAAGCUUUCACCGCCCGGCGCUGGAUUUAUGCUUUGGCAGAUCCCUGCUUCAAUUUGCUGCUCCUUCCCAGGCAAGGGCCUGUGACCAUCAGCCACAGUAAACAAAAUCCAGGACACGUUUAAUCUUCUCUGACUAGAGGAAAGGAUGUUUCUUCCAAGAAUGGAUCUGAAACGUUGUCCCUUUCCUAGGUUCAGUUCUUAGUACUCAAGGCCACACUUUGUUCCGUGUUUUGGAAGAUGAUCACAUUUGAGACCUGAGUCCAAGUUUGUGCCUAACAGCUGCAACAGAACCUGGCCCUCACUGUUGAUCGCAGUUUCUAAUUCUGUUAAAUCAGUAUUUAUAUGUCCUUACAACGAUCCGCUCUUUCCCCGCUCUUUCGCGCUGUCCAUUCACAAUGUUAUGAUGAGCAUGUCAUCCAUGAUUUCCCCAGAUCACUAAUGUUCGGUAAUGUUCCCGUGACAAUAAUAAAUGUGAAGCAAAAGUCA